AUGAAAGUUUUAAACUGGGCAGAUAUACUCAUUAUAUUGCUGUACUUAAUUGCAGUGUUAGGAGUUGGAAUAUGGACAUUGUUUCGACCAAACAGAGGAAAUAUCAAGAGCUAUUUUUUAGCUGGACGUACUAUGCCAUGGUUUGCGGUUGGGGCGUCUUUGUUUGGAAGUAAUAUAGGAAGUGAACAUUUUAUUGGUUUGGCUGGAGCUGGAGCAGCAUCCGGAAUAGCACUUGUACUUUUUGAAUGGCUUGUUACUUUCCAAAUAGUAGCUUUAGGGUGGAUAUUUGUUCCAGUUUAUAUAUCAGCCGGUGUGUUUACUGUACCGCAGUUCAUACAAAAACGACACGGUGGAAAAAGACUAAAUACAUAUCUCAGCUGUAUGUCCCUAGUUAUGUACAUCCUUACAAAAUUGUCGGUCAGCAUAUUUGCAGGAUCGGUUUUUAUAGAACUGUCACUGGGAUGGAACACCUACGUAUCAAUCAUUGCAUUGUUAGUCAUUACAGGAUUUUAUACAAUUUUAGGUGGUUUGACAGCGGUGAUGUUUACAGACACACUACAAUCGUUAAUUAUGAACAUCGGAGCUUGUAUUGUUGCUGGAAUAGGUUUAUACAAAGUUGGUGGAUACAGUGAAAUGACAGAAAAAUAUAUGAAGGCUAUCCCGAGUGAGCGAAAUGAUAACUCAACAUGUGGUUUGCCUCGUAGUGACGCCUUUCAUUUGUUUCUUGAUGCUGAUGGGACAGUGUUUCCGUGGCCAGGACUUGUGAUGCAAGCAACAGUUGGAUGCAUAUGGUAUUGGUGCUUUGAUCAGGUGAUGGUUCAAAGGACGAUAGCAGCUAAAAAUGUAUCUCAUACUAAAGGUGGUGUGCUGAUGACUUGUUUCUUGAAGGUGCUGCCGCUCUUUACCAUGGUUUUUCCUGGCAUGAUCAGUAGAAUCCUAUUUACAGAUGAAGUUGGUUGUGCAGACACAGAAGUGUGUAAAAAGGUGUGUGAUAAUGAAGUUGGGUGUUCGAAUAUCGCUUAUGCUAAACUUGUUAUGGAAAUUUUACCAAAUGGACUACGAGGUUUUAUGAUUGCUGUGAUGCUAUCAGCUAUUAUGAGUUCCCUCACUUCAAUAUUUAACAGCGCAAGCACAAUCUUUACUAUUGACGUAUGGCGGAAAAUACGAAAAUCAGCAGGAGAAAGAGAGUUGCUAUUAGUUGGAAGGUUGUUUGUUACACUUAUGUGUGGCAUAAGUAUCUUGUUUUUACCUCUUGUAAAAGCUGCCGAAGGUGGAAUGGUUUUUGCCUACAUAAAUGCAGUUGACAGUAUUUUGGCAUAUCCCAUCGGCAUGAUGUUUCUUUUGUCCAUAUUUUGGAAAGGCGCAACCGAACAGGGUUGUUUCUAUGGUUUGCUUCUAGCAAAUUGUGUUGGACUUGCUCGUCUUAUAUUAAUGUUUGUAUAUCCCGAGCCUGCUUGUGGAGAAUAUGAUGGAAGACCAGCUGUACUCUCCAAAGUGCAUUUUUUGUACUUUGGUGUUAUUAUCAAUAUUUUUACUAUUUUAUCAAUUAUCAGCAUUAGUUUCAUGACCAAACGUAACAGACGAACAGACAAAGAGCUGAAGGGCUGCACUUGGUGGACAAGACUUAAACCAAACCGGUACGAUAUCACGUGUUCAGAUCAAACAGAUACGACGGUAUUUUCUACUCAAAUGGAUAUACAGAAUACAGAUGGCGAAAAUAUAUCGACAUUUACAGAUCAUAUUGAUGCUUCGAUGCCAAAAGGUUUGUAUAAUAUUAUGUCUUGA